GUGGUGAUGCAUCGACAGCAGUUUGUCACACAAGAGAUGUUGUGAGCGUUUUAGUAACUGUGUAUAAUUAUACCUUGUCUAAUGCUAAGAGAAAACCAGGCGUGAGAAGCCAGCGAGAGUUCCGUCGAGGAAUCGAGUCGAAAGUUAGAAGACACGGGGAAAUUCCGUUUGUAUCGAUGGAAGUGUGUUGGGUCCCGUGUUGUUCGCGGUCCCGACUGGCGAUGGAACGUCAGGACGGAGGAGAGGGUCACGUGGGCACGGUGAGGAGCUUCGAGCGGCCCGGGGAGGUGCUGGUUGUCUGGGACAACGGUACGGCCGCCAACUAUCGCUGCUCGCCGUGUUUUGACCUGAGGAUACUGGAUAAUGGACCUGCAGGUAUAAAGCACGAUGGAGCAUGGUGGUGAGGGUUGCGCAGCUCGCCUCUCUACGGAAUAGGUGGAAAGUGCCGACUGUGCAGACUCCAGGCUCCUGCUCCACUGGUACCACGGCGACAACACAACCCCCGACACACGUUCCAUCGUAUAGCCACGCCCUCUUCCCCUCGUAUAACAGUACAGAGUCGUCGGAGGAGCAAGAAGCUGACGGCACGAGGUGCCUCUCCGGAGCCAGGAUAGUCCGUGGCGUGGACUGGAACUGGGACGAACAAGAUGGUGGGUCUGGGAACAAGGGUAAAGUGCUGCAGAUCCAGGAUUGGACAUCGACUGCUCCUCGCAGUGCGGCCUACGUCGUCUGGGACAACGGGGUUAAAAACCUCUAUCGCCUUGGCUACGAGGGAGUGAGUGACCUAAAAGUGAUCAUGGACUCCAAAGGUCCCUCGUUCUAUCGCGAUCAUCUCCCGUUGCUAGGCGAGGACCAGCGGGCAUUUAUUGGAAUGUUCUCGCCCGGCGACCACGUUGCCAUAGAGCUGGACGUGGAGGUUGUUAAGAAUCUCCAGGUCGGCCACGGAGGGUGGAGUCCUGGCAUGUUGGAGGUGAUGAAUGCAGUGGGUGUGGUCAGAGGAGUUGACGAGGACCAUGACGUCGUCGUCCAGUAUCCAUCACGACAGAGAUGGACUAUGAACCCAGCCAUCCUGAAGAAGGUCCCCAGUCCAGUCCAGGAAGUGGAACGGAAUGGAGCCCGUCACCCUCACCCUCCUCCUCUCACCAUCCCCAGUACCACCACUGAUCCCUUUGAAGACGCCUUCAAGGUGGGCGACUUUGUGAAGAUAUCUGCAGAUGCCGAGAAGGUGAAGGAGUAUCAAACCGGCCACGGAGAGUGGGUGGAGUCGAUGAUACACACCCUGGGUAAAGUGGGUAGAAUUGCAGAGGUGUAUGGUGACGGAGACCUAAAGAUUGACGUCAAGGGGACCAUGUGGACCUUCAACUCACAGGCAGUGAGAAAAGUGGACGGCGACGGAAUGCCGCUGACUCCCAGUACCAGUGCCAAUGUAUCCCAGCUGCUGCGCCACAUGUUCGAGGAACAUCAGUCCAGUUCGCCAGGGGAAGAGCUGGUGAAGUGUGCGGCCAGCGGGGACGUCUCGAGGGUAGAGGACCUCUUACGAGGAGGAGAGGUCGUGUUGGUAGACGUGCCGUUUAAUGGAAGUGCCCUCCUCAGACAAUGGAGCCAACAUGAAGAAGAGGUGGGUUUUUUAUACCAUACAUCAUCUCUAAAAGUCAGGACACACUUUCACCCUGACCUAUAG